UUGUGCGAGACUUUCAUUUGGUGAAGGUGUCAUGAGACUGUGGACGGUGGUGGCAGACUCACGACUCCCUUAUCUCCUCAUUAUCACUCACACCUCUCGCAGGCCUCGCUCCCUCACACCUCAUCUACCUUAUUACCCGCCUCUUGAACCAUGGCUGCUGCCACGGCGGGCGGGACACGCAGCUACAACUUCAAAAUUGUCCUCCUUGGUGAAGGGUGCGUGGGCAAGACCAGCUUAGUGCUCAGAUACGUCGAGGACAAGUUUAAUGAUCGACACAUUACUACAUUACAGGCUUCUUUCUUGACAAAGCGAAUAAAUCUAAGUGGUAAACGAGUUAACUUGGCUAUAUGGGAUACAGCUGGACAGGAGCGGUUUCAUGCUUUAGGACCUAUAUAUUACCGGGAAUCCCAUGGGGCUAUUCUUGUUUAUGACAUUACUGACGAGGAUUCAUUUCAGAAGGUCAAGAAUUGGGUACGUGAGCUAAGAAGAAUGCUUGGAAAUGAUAUAUGCCUCGUUAUAGCUGGAAACAAGAUUGACAUGGAAAAAGAACGGCAUGUUUCAAUUGAAGAAGCUGAAGCGUAUGCACAAGAAGUUGGUGCCUUACAUUUCCAAACAUCUGCUAAACAGAAUAAAGGAGUUGAAGAAUUAUUUUUAGAAUUGACUUGCAAGAUGCUAGACAAUGCUGUAACAAACGACCAACAGCGAAUCAACACACUCACUAGAGGAAAUUCCCGUAAUUUACAAAUUGUGGAUGACCAGGCAAAUCUUCCUUCACAGAAGUCUUCGUGUUGUAGUUCAUAAUCAGUUGUUUGCUUGCUAUCCAUAAGCUUCCUGAUGCUUGCAAAAGUAUUGUAUUUUUAAGUAAAAAUUAUAAAAUAUAUAUGCUCUGUCAUAUAUAAACAUAAAAAGGUCACAUCUUGGCCUCCGAAACAGCUUGUUACCCAAGUGUCUACAAAUAUUGAACUUGAUGAAUAAUCUUUUAAGAUUAUUUAUAAUGCAAAACAUUUCAGGACUGAAAUACAGUCUAACAUCAGUUUUCUUAUCAGUUUUACCUAUAUAAUUAUGUUAUCACUUGGUUGUUGUUUUUUUGUUGCAGUUAGAAAACUUAUUUUUCUAGAGAACCAUAUUUGUAGUCUUAAUUAUCCCCAAAGUCAUUAGCAUAGCAUUGGUUCUCCUUUUCAUCCUUCAAUUAAUUGGUGUACAUAAUCACUGAGUGUCCUGAGCCUAUUAGGCUCUAUUGUAUCUACAUAUUAAACUCUGUAUGGAGUCUGCCUCCACCCUUCCCUUCAUAGUGCAUUCCAUGUGUUUACUAUGAAAAAGCUCUGUUGGGUUUGACUAGUCACAGACUAGGUGAUUAAGUAGACAAAGCUUUGCCCAUGGCUAGAAAGGAGUUUGGUUGGUCACAGUGCAGUCUUAUUCACCAACACCUUCAUUGGAGACCUCAUCCAGCAGUGGUCUAAUGGCUGGAAACAUUUGCUAACUGCUACUUUAUAGAAAACUUUAUAAAUUAUUUUAUUGGUUAAUUAUUGUUGGAUAACUACUUUCAGAUACUGUAAUGAUUUGUAUAUAAUUUUUGUUCUCAUUUGGAGUUUAUUAAUAUAAUAUAUAUUCAAACUAAAUUAAUUUCAGUAAAAAUAGCAGCUUUAACAUAUGACAAUAUUACCUUCCUUUCAUGAAAAUAUUUAAUGUAAAUCACAACAGAUUUUGAUUGCUGUGACACUGUUAAUGAUGUGCCACAUCACACGUUCAUUCAUUUUUAGCACUGGAUGGAUGAUCAGAUCCUAAUUAUCUCAAAAACAGAUAAUGCGUAGGAAAGUGCAACCAAAUAAUAAUGGUAUAAUAUCUUUAGAAGCGAGAAUAGAGGCAAGAAUUAAGUUUUAUCAUGGCAGACUAUUCAAGGGUCCCAUGGCAGUCAUCACUGUAUCCUAAUAAUUUGCACAUGAUGGGGUAGGGAUGAAUGUCUUUUAUUAAGGGCAUCCUUUCUACAGGGUUCCCACAGUAGUCUCUACUAGCUCAAGUUAUCACAAGCUGAACAAAUCCACAAGGGCCAUGACGAGGAUUCGAACCUGCGUCCGGGAGCAUCCCAUUCUUGUGGAUUUGUUCAUUUGAUGCAUCACGUUAGUGUGAUCUGUGUGUGUAUCACAAGCUUGCAUUCUUUACUAUGUGAUAAGUAAUGUGGAUUUCGUACAGUAAUCUUUUGUAAAUGUGUAACCUAAACGAGUGUUGUCACUAUCAAAACUAUAAUCAUCUGAUAAUGAGGGAUUUAAGCAGCACCGAUAUCUCAUGGCUAAUUCCUUACUAAUAUUUUUAUACAGAAUUUGGUAAUGUACAAACAGUCAUAAACUUGACCUUAAUCCAUUUCCUCUUCAUUGAUCUUUUUUGAAUAUUUUUUUACAUAAUUUGUAAUUGCUACAUUUUCAUAAUGUUGCCCACAACUUGGACAUACAUACAGAGGUAAAUUUUUCUAAGGUAGUAUAGUUGGCUUCAUUCCCGUGCAGGAAUGAAGCCAACACAGGCUUCCAGUUCCCAACAAAAUUUUUAUAUACAUUUUUUUUUACUGCUAUAUGUGGUCAUAAACUGAGCAUGUCACCCUUUUCAACAUUUGUUUUAAUUUAUCUUUGCACAAUUUAUCAGGUUUUUGUCACAAAAUAUAUUUAUAUUCUCCUAUUCUACUAGUACAGUACUGUACUGUACUUCAUUUACUGUAUAUAGAUACAGUAAGACUAAUUUUAUCUGAAGUCAAAUAUCCAGGUUUUUGGAUAACUAAGCAAAGUGCCUAGAAAGUGCUUAUUGUAUUUCCUAAAAUAUGAUCUUGUACAGUACUCUACCAAGUAUAUAUGAUCUUGUACCUGUUUUUUUUUUUUUAUCUAGCUAGCUAUAUAUCUGUAAAUAUUGCUUUAAUUGUAUUAAUAUUGAAUUUGAAGAACAUGCAUUAGUAUUUGGGUGCAGCAAAGCUAUGAAGCUUAUUAAACAACACACAAUUUUGUAGUAAAACCAAGAGGUUUGAGUGAGAGUAAAGCCAUUAACAAUGAUGGUAAAUAGUGAGCAUGGUCCUGACCCAGCUACAGGUUGAGAUGGCUGAUUCAGGUAUCCAGGAGUAUGUGUUGAGAUGUUUGGAAGUAUGAUAAAGAUUUGUUGAAUAUUGUAUUCAGUCAGUAUAUUCUGCACUCAUUUGGAGAGCUGCUUGUUAGUUCAGUUAGCAUAUAAAGAACAUCUUUGAUACUUAUCUACAUUAUCAAAUGUUCGCUCCAUUUUCAUAUCCAGACUAAAAUGGUCAUCUGGUUGUUACAAAAAUCGGUAAAAUAUCACAUUAUGUAUUUUAUUUAGACAUAGGGAUUGGAUUUUAUUAUUUUAGUUAUGCCAGGAUAUACACACAUUAAUACGAUAUAUUUGUAAUGAUCUGUUAGAGGCAAUUCAGUUAAUUUCAUUGUAAUUAUUCUUGCCAAUACAAAUGCAGCUGGCAUCAAUUAUAAUCUUCAAUAAAACAGAAGUGCAUGCAGUGUUAGUAUUUUUAGCAACAAAUAAAUUUCAGUACCAGUAUUUAAAUUUUCAAUAAACUAGACGUCGGUGCCAUUAUAUAAAUGUUAUACGGUACUGUACUAAAUAUCGGACCUUGAAGCAAUGCAACUCUGUACAAUUUUAUUUUAAAUAUCUUUUAAUAAGGAUAUGGUAACUCCCUUUAUUGUGGUACAGUUGCCAUCCCCCCCUUUUACUGACCUAUAUAUGAUAGUAUUCAAAUCCUAUUGCCCCCACAGUCCUCCAUGGGGCAGUGGUGCAAACACACCCUUUCCCUGUGUUCAUGGGGGGGGGGGAAGAUUAGACUGAAGAGCCAUUUCUCAAUCUUGCAAAAUGGCAAGUCUCCCACACCCCAUGACAGUGGCAAGUUUGGUAAUGAUAAUGCAAACUAAUAACAUGUACAUACAGUAAAUAUAUUAUAUUAUCUUGAGAAAAAUUGGCAUUUUGCUUUUCAAAUUUAAAUGCAGAAGAAAUGUUAGAUCAUCUGUUAGAAGCUUUUCAUAUUUAGGUUUUAAACGUGCAUUGGUUCCAAUAGCUGCUACUGUGCUAGAUGUGUGUUCGUGCUAAACUCUGAAAUUAAAACUUGUUUUCAUUUGGAAUUUUACUUUCUUUUAAAAUUACUAUUUUCAUCUCACUUUUCAUUAUUGUUCUCCCCCUCUUCUCCUAACUUUUAUUUUCUGUUUUGUAUACUCUGAUAAUGUUUUCCAUCUCCUUAAUUUGUUAAUGUAAACUGAAUGUUUCACCUUUGUGAUAAUGCAGAAUUCUUUUGAAGUUAUUGUAUCAUUGCUCUUGGUGUUUGAAAUUGGAACAUAGUAAUUUUAUAACAAAAUUGAUUUACUCUGUGUUAAUUCUUGAGGCUUUGGAAACCACUGUCAUAUGAUGGAAGUAGCAGAGAGUAAGUUCCACAUUUAGGUCAUUUUACAUGUUCAAAUUGUAUGUGCAUCACAUUUAAGAAUACCAUACAUACUUAAAAUCCAAGAAUAUUAUGGUAAUAUUAAGUGAAUAGAAAGUCUGAUGAAGAUAUUGAUACUACAUUAAAUUCCUCAAAUACUUGCAUUCAUUGCCUCAGUCUCCCAUUGUCAACUUUAAAUACAUGUACAGAUAUGUAGAAUUUACUGGUGUCUCAAGUUAUGUAUGAUCCAUAACAUACCCUUAUUAUUUACAUUUAAUAAAUUGCAUUACAGUUACUGUAUGUGGCUAGAAUUAAAAUAUAAUGGCUAGAACUGCCUAAUUUGCCCUUCUUCAUAGCAUUUAAUUGCAUUAAAAUUUUAAUUAAUGGAAUAUUGUACUGCACAUAUCAGAUACCUUAGAUUGGGCCACAUUUCACCAUGAGUCUGGAAAUCUUCACAGCUGUAAUCCAUGCACUCUGCUCACUUAGAUGUGCUUGCAGGGUUGAACAUUUGCUCUUAAUCUUCACUUUUCAAUCUUGAGUACAAUGACUUUUCACUUAUCAUAUUUACGUUAAAAACUGUGUAUUGAAUUGGUGUCAAUAAUUUCUUUAUUUACCUAUUUUCAAGCUGAACUGAAGUAAUUUCUUCUGACAUCUCUGUAACUCAUUAGUAUCUUCAGUUUUCAUUUAUGUCCCCUCUUGUUCUGUUGUUCCUCACUUUCAGCAUUGCUUCUCAUAUCUACUUGGUCAAUUUCCCCUUAGGAUUUUUGUAUGUCAUUAUCAUGCCUUUCCUAUUCCUUCCUUUUUUCCAGUGUGGUGAGGCCCAGUUCUUUCUUUCUUCAUAGUUCAGGAAUAAGCCUUGUUGCAUAUCUUUUUGAGUUCCAUGCCAGGGCAACAUACUCGAGGAAGGGUCUCGUAUAGGAUGUACAGUAUAAGUACUGUACUCGGAAGGUUCUUUUCUCCAAGUUUCUGAAGGAUAUGUUGCCUGUUUGGCAUAUUAUCAGGAAUUAUAAGUUAUAUUUGAUAUGAUAAUUCUUUGAAGCCUUUGUUUUAAAUUUAAAUCCAGUGCUAACAUUACUUCCCUUUAUGAUUACUGAAUGUACACAAAUCGAUAACUCCAUGAUUUUACAUAAUAAAAUGUAGCCGUUUACCAGGCUCUUUGAUAUAGCAUGUCUCCUGUACUAGAUCCAUUUUGUGGACUACUCCUUUGAGAAAUCCCUAAGUAUCUUAUGCCUGGGUGAAAUUGAUUAGGCUGUACUGUAUUUGCUCCUAUUGUGCACCGUGAGGAAUGAUGCGUUUGUGAAGUACUAGUACUGUAGUUGCAUGCAGUCAAUUAUGAGAUGCAAGCUUGUAUUGUGUGUAAAAAUAGAGAUGUAUAUUUCUUUUAUAUAUCAAGUGGGUUGAAAUAAUUAAAUAAAAAAAUAUUUUAAACCAUAAAUAACACCAUAGCAUUGACAGUAUAGAAUGGCUUCAACACAGCUUGGUACAGUAUUUCAAAACUAUUCUUCCAAAUAAUUUAAAGAAUGUGUUUAGUGUUGUAAUCAGCACUAAUAUUAAACAUACCAGGUUCUUAAAAUCUGUAAUUUAUCCCAUAAUUGAAACCUGUGGGAAGGCUGGUUUAUGGAUAUAAGCAUGGUGUACUGUGCUAAUUUAAAUUACAGCACACACAGAAGAACAAAGUAUUAUAACAAUUUAGAUGUUCUGGUCUGUGCUACAAAUAGCAAAAAUAAUUAGCCUUGAAUGCAGGAAAUCCAAAUAUUAAUUUAAAAAACAAUCAUGUACUGCACAUGGAGUUCCUAUUAUUUCAUUAGAUAUGCUGUAAAAUCUACCCAUGUAGCAUGGUCAGCUUGGAAAGGUUUAUCUAAAUGCUACAGUGAGGCUGGUCAGUUUGUAGAAGUUUAUCUCAUUGUUAUAGCAUAACGGCUUGCAAUUUGACAUGAUAGAACUACUAGUAAUUUGUCAAAGUGAACGAUUGGUAAUGCCUGUGCUCUAAGGAAUUUUUCUACGAAUGAUUUGUAAUGUAUAAACUUCAUUUAUUAAUACAGAUGGUAUUUUGUGUGUGCAAUUCUAAUAAUUACAAAUCAAAAUAAUUUUAUUUUGUUUGAAUGUUAAGUGUUGUAAAAUCACUGUUGCUUUCUGUAUCUGGCUGAAAUGUACCAACUCAUUUACCGAUGUAAUAAAAUUGAGCAUUUUUUAAAUUGUUGCCAUGGUAACUAGUAAUGGUAUAUAAAAUGUUAGGAGCAGAAUUAAUGCAGUGUAUGGUUCUUGAGAUUAUACCACUUGAAUGAAUAUUUUGAAGAUUUUGAAAAUUUAUACUCUAGUGUUUAACCAAGGCUAAAAUCGAUUGUUACCUAUAGCAUUUUACAAUACACAAAACUCAAACAAGAAUGGGUGUAACAAAUCUGUGUCCAAAUAUAAUUAAAGGCACUUGAUAUUAAACAUGCAGUUUAAUGCUAUUCUUUCUUUUUGCACUUCAUAUCUUUUCCAUACAAGUUUUUUUGGAAUGAUUGAAAUCGGAUAAAAUAUAAGAACGACUACGUUAAUCACCACAACUUUUAUAUUGAUCCUCCUUUGUUUGAGGGUUUGUUCCAAGCUAGUAGAGUAGUAGUUUUAAGAUACAUGGAUUGUAUUAUCAGUGUAUGAAAUAAAACUUACCUAGUCAGUGUCUGGGUUAAAAUAGUUUUAUAGAUAUAAGACUGCUAUUGAAUUUGUAUGCAUGAUGUAUAGUAUAAUGUCUAUAUUUAUAUAUCUUUCUAAUUUAUUAUGAAUAAAGUAAAUAAGUUACACAAAAUUUGCAUCAAUACAUAGUAAAUGUGUGUCUGAGAAUUAAUAAAAUCAAAAGAUAAAGUGUAAACUAUUUGAAUAAUAGUUACAACGUGUACGAGUUCAUUUGAUAGUGUGGUAACCGUAUUAGACUGAACAGAUUGAGAUGCAGGUCAUGGUUAAGGAGAAAAUCUGAAGCUAUGUGUACUGUAUUUAAGAGCAGCUUUGUGAACACGAUUGGUGAUGGAUUAAAGUCUUCAAUGCAAUAGUAAAAUAUCAUUUUCUUAAUAUUUAAUUUAAACUAUAUCCUAAGAUCUGAAACCAAUAGAACUAUAUGAGUGAGUUAGUCAUAUUUCUUUAAGGUAUGUAGCACAUGGUCAAUAUAAAUUGUGUACUAUAUCAUUACAAAACUUGUAUUUUGCUACAUAUUUGUACCAAAGUUUAAUGAAAAUAAAGCCAAAUAUUUUA